AUGGCAAUGGCCACGACAACAUUAUGUCCUGAUUGUGAUAAACAAGAAGGUAUUGUACCAUGUCUCGGAUGUAAAAAGAUUUUUUGUGUAAAACAUUUUCAAAUUCAUCGUCAAAAUCUUUCUGUUGAACUUGAAAAUGUUGUUACUCGACGUAAUACAUUACAAGAAUAUUAUUUUAAUACUGUUGCUUCGAGUUUUGAUCCAACGAAAUUCGAAGCUUGGAGUGCCGUUGAUGAAUGGGAACAAAAAAUCAAAGAACAAGCACGACAAAUUGCUGGUGAAGCCAGAAAACAACUCGACGCACAUUCUAAACAAUCUCGUACUCAAAUUGAAAAUAGAUUAAAUCAAAUGACUGAAACUAUUCAACAAAAAAUGGAACGAGAAAAUUUUGUAGAAGAAGAUAUUGAAAAAUUAACUCAUGAAAUCGAUCAGAUUGAAGAAGGUAUGCAGAAUAAUAAAUUUCAUCCUCGCAUCGAAAUUAUAUCUGAACCCAUUGAUUGGAAAGCAUCAUUACAAGUGAAACUUGUAAUAGAAAAUGAACCGAAAAAUGAAAAAAUAAAACCGUCUACCUCACCACCACCACCAUCAUUAUCAUCGGUUGCACCAGUCGUUUCAUCGAAAGCAAAUUAUCCACCAUCAGUUCAACGAAAAUGUUUUACAUGUGGAGCAGAUACAUGGCAAAAAGAAUGUAAAUGUUGUAGUCAUACUUAUUGUGGUUGGCAUUUAAAACGACACGCCAAUGAAUCGAAAAAACAUUAG